AUGAAUCCGCAUCAAUGCGCAUCGGCGAUGAUCCACAUCAUCAUCAUCAUCGCCGGCAUGAUGAUCGCCGGCGGUGGUCCUCAGGUUGUUGCCGCUCAGCAAGACUUCGACGCAUCCAGCUACGCUCGGAAUAUCUCUGUGGAUCCCAACGUGGACGUCUUCUGGACCGUGGACGCCAACCUCGGGACCAUCAAGGUGGCGGUUCACGCCAAGGCGGCCACGGGCUGGGCAGGCCUCGGGGUUUCCGAGAUGGGGGGCAUGGAGGGGGCGGACAUCGUUUAUUACGAGACCUGGACUGGGAACGUCACGGAUGCGCACGCGAUCGUGGCCGGUACGCCCGUUACCGACGAGUGCACGCAGGACUGGACUCUCGUGUCCGCCGAGGCCGGCACCGAUGGCCUCGUGUUCGAGGCGGAGAGGGCUCUCGACACCGGUGACUCCCAGGACCACGUGUUCGUUGACGACAGUGCGGACGAUGUCUUGCCUACGCGGCUCCUUGCCGCCUGGGGCGACUCCGAGACCAUCGCUUACCACGCCGCCAACUUCGCAAAGGCAGAGGUCAUUCUGUACGGCGGGGUCGAAAACUCCAACACCGAUCCGAUUCUCGAGCUCACCACUGACCCGGACAUCCCUUUCUUCGAUGUUACGGCGAAAAACUUCACGGUCCCGACAAACCGCACCCACUACGAGAACUCGUGCAUUCCUCGCUCGGAACUGCCUGCCGAAGAGUUCCACGCCAUCGGGUUCGAGGGCAUCAUCCAGACCUCCACCUCCAAGUAUGUGCACCACUUGACGCUCACGGCCUUCACCGGUACGCACGACUGCGGGCAGGACUGCAUCGACUGGGUUCUGGCGAACCUUCCCGACGACGACGAACCUUCCUCGCAAUCCGCGUACAGCGACCCGUACACCUUCAACAACAUGACGAUCCCGGACUUCUGCUACCAACAGUUUGCGAACAUUUUCGCGUGGGCACCAGGGUCGGCGGACGUCCAGCUGCCAGGCAACGUGGGCUUUCGCUUCGGCAACGACUCGUACACGUCCCUCAGGGUCGAGACGCACUACAACAAUCCGGACGGGGACGCCGGCGAGGUAGACAGCUCGGGCGUGCGUGUGUACUACACGGAAGACAUCCGCGAAAUGGACAUGGGUGUGAUCACCCUGGGAGACCCCAGCGUCGACCUCAUCGGGACCAAGCUGCCGGAGGGGAAAUCCUCCGUGGAGUUCGACUGCCCCGGCGCUUGCACCGAGACUUACUUCGAGGCCGAGAGCGUCACGGUCUACUCACACUUCCUGCACAUGCACGAGAACGGGCAGAGGAUGGAGACCCGGCAGUACCGCAACGACAGCGACGGAAACGAGCAGCUGGUCGACGCCACCGAGGUCGAGUACUACUCCUUCCUGCAGGCCGGCGGUCACGUGACGGCGCACAACGGAAGCGAUAUUAUCCAAAAAGGAGACAGGUUCGAAACGACCUGCUACUACGACACCUCCCUUUCCUCGGUGGACUCGACCAACGUCACCUUCGGCGAGGGGUCGGAACAAGAGAUGUGCAUGGACUUCUUGUUUUACUACCCGGCCCAAAUCAUCCCCGAUGGCGGGUAUUGUGGAGGACUCGAGAGAUGCGGCGGCAGCUUCCUGGGCAUCACAGAGCUGGGAGACGAGACGGACUUCAACCGCACCUUCGGGAUCGUGGACUCGUGCACGGGGACGCUCGACGAAGACGAACAGAACGACGGCACGCUCUCUACGGGUUCAUCGAGCGUUACCACGCUCGGACUCGGCCUCUCUGCCUUUACUAUGGCUGUCGCGCUCAGCCUUACCCCUUGUGUGUGCUUGAUUGUUUGGCUUGAGUGA